GUCGGUCAAAAAAAAAACCGCCAUUCUGUGAGGCUCAGAGACUUCCUCAGCGCUGUGCUUGGGAACGGAGACACCUGAAUAGUCAGCGGAGUAUCAAGUUUAUGCGUCCAUCAGAAUGGAUAAGCGUCAGUUUAUUUUCCUCGAUUUAUUCUAAUAAUGUGGCCAUGCUUUGGUAUUCUUUCCAGAGUCGGGACCAUAUCGGCAACAAACCCUACCAGCGGGGAUUUGCUUAUAGGCGCAAAGAAUUGAACGCUGGCGUUAACAACCAUCCCCCAUUAGCUACCUUCAUAUGGCAUCUAAAGUCCUUUCUGCGUCAGACUCUUCUUCAUUAACAUUUAAUGGAAAAUCACUUCUAUCUCGUCCGUCAUUCUCUUGGCUUUUAGCCGCAUAUGCUAAGGCCGCUCUAUUAUCUUCCCUGAGCCAAGGUCUCCGUCGGGGUUCACUCGUCAUCUUCGACCAGGGAGAUUCUUACCGGUUCGGCAACUUAAUCCUUGACGAAGACGCAGAUUCCGUCGUCUUCCAGGUAAAAUCUCCCAAUUUCUGGACUCGGAUCUACCUCAGUCAUGACCUUGGCUUCGCUGAGGCUUAUAUGAACGGAGAAUUUGAAGCCAGCAGCCUCAGAAGGGCACUUAAUUUAUGGCUGGAUAAUCGCACUCAUCUCAGCGAGCUUUCGUCUUUUUGGAAUCGCUGCUCGGUCGCUUUUUCGUCUUUGUAUAUAUGUUUUCUCGGUCAGUCCUUGGGUAAUGCCAAACUAAACGUCGUAACCGGCUACGAGGUCGACAAUGAAUUUUUCAAAUCUUUCCUGAGUCGCGACAUGACUUACUCCUGUGCAAUCUGGCCUGAGAGCGCUGGCGGCGUUCGCGGAGAUCUAACGAGCGAAUGGCAGGAGGGAGACUUGGAAGCAGCGCAACUCUACAAGAUCCGCAACUUGAUAAGCAAGGCUCGGCUCCGUCCUGGAGAUCGUCUACUGGAAUUCGGUACCGGUUGGGGUGCUCUUGCAAUUGAGGCCGCGAAAAUGGGAUGCCAAGUAGAUACGCUGACACUCUCUGUCAAUCAAAAAGCGGUUGCGGAACAAAGGGUAGCCGCGCUAUCAUUGCAAGAUCGUGUGCGUGUCCACCUGCUGGACUACCGGAACAUGCCAGGUGAUUUCGAACACGCAUUUGACGCGUUUAUCAGCGUCGAAAUGGUGGAGGCAGUCGGCGCGAUGCACCUCGGGAGCUUUUUCAAGCUUCUUGACUGGGCGCUGAAGCGUCAUCGUGCUGCGGCUGUAAUCACGGCCACAACCCAGCCCGAGUGGCGUUUUAAAGUUCUUCAACCUGAUGACUAUGCUAGACGAUAUCAGUGGCCCAACUCCUUUAUUCCUUCUGCUACAUAUUUCCUGCAGGUUGCUGAAGCUGCAACUAAAGGAAGUCUCACCGUCGAGAGCGUAGAAAAUUUUGGAUCCCAUUACCCUCGAACACUGCGCGAAUGGGGAAGGCGUUUUUCGCGGAACUGGGGGAAUGAAGAACUUAUGGCUUCACUGGCGAAAAGCCAACCACAGCUAUUGAGAGUGCCAGGCGCCCUGGAGGCCUUUAAACGCAAGUGGGAAUAUCUGUGGGUGUACGCAGAAGUUGGGUAUGCUCGUGCAUAUACGUCAAUGCACCACUUCACAUUCAUGCGUCCCGAAUUUGUCUCCGUCCCUUGCGAUUGAUGCUGUGCGGGCGAUCUGCCAUUACAAAGAUGUAGAAUAGUGACAAGAACCAAUACAUAUCUCGUUGGUAGGAAGCUUAUUGAUCUCUCGCGGCCAAUCUCAGGAUUUUGACGACAGCAGAUUCAUAGAGUAGUCAUAAUUAAUUCGAGAUGAU